UAGUCCUAAAAUGGCCGAUGAGAUGAGUAUUAGUCGACCAGCAUCUGGGGGUACAUGGGCAGCCAGUCGACCGACCUCUGCAGCUCCUAAUAGUAGACCUUCAUCUGGUAGCCGACCCCCAACAGGAAGUAGACCUCCAACAGGAAGCCGACCUCCAACAGGAAGUAGACCACUUACCGGAAGUAGACCUCCAACCGGAAGUAGACCUCCAACCGGAAGUAGACCUCCAUCAGGAAGUCCAUCUAUUCUAGGUGUAAGUAGGCCAUCUUCAACAUCUAGCUUAAGUAGAUCUCGACCAGGCAGUGGUAAAAGUGUUGCCUGGGAGAAUAUUGAAGAUCCUCCAGCCUUGGAAGACGAGGUUGAUGAGGAACCUUUAGUAAAGGGAACUGAUGAUAUUCCUAAGGGAUGUUGGUAUGCAGUGACUCAUCGGUUUUCCAUGCUCUGGAGUACUAAGGAUACUGAGGACAUCGAGGAGCGCGAGGUUGAAAUUAGAACAACUCUUCGGGAACUCUGCAUAUAUCUUCUUUUUGUUUCAACUCUAUGCGUUUUGACAUUUGCUGGAACAAGUGAUAACCGAUAUAUUCUGAACAACAACCUCAAAGUUGCUUUUAAAACCUUCCCUAAAGUAGAACAGCUGCCUGAGUUCUGGGAGUGGGUGACAGAAGAAUUCCUGGAUGUUGUCUACAACGAAAAAUGGUAUAAUGAUGAAGAUAGAAAUGCUGAAGAUAGAAAUGUUCUGGGGGACAAUAAACUGCUUGGAGUACCUAGGCUUCGGCAGAUUAAAGUACGAAACGAUUCAUGUGCUAUCCCUGAAGAAUUUAAGAAGAAUAUUCUUGUUUGCUAUGGAAAAUAUUCCGAGGAUAUGGAGGAUAGAAACACAUUUCGUCCUCCACAACUAAUGCGGACUUCAAGUGAUGCUUGGAGGUUUCAAUCUUCUAAGGAGCUUGAAACCGGAGUAUAUUGGGGAGAUCUGGCCUGGUAUGGAGGAGGAGGGUUUGUACAGAACCUUGCGGCAACUAAUGCAGAAUCUCUGGCUAUUCUUAGGGAUCUCCGUGAAUUUCUAUGGCUGUCAAGGGCAUCCCGCCUUCUUGUCAUUGAUUUUACCUUGUACAACGCUAACGUCAACUUCUUCUCUGUGGUCAAAUUUGUUUUUGAAUUUCCACCAACAGGAGGAAUUAUUGGUAAAAUGGACGUGAGGACAAUUCAGCUGCUGCACCGAGUAAACCCAGGGGAUUAUUUUGUGUUUGGAGUUCAACUCGUGUUUGCUUGCCUUGUCUUCUACUAUAUUAUUGAAGAAAUAUUGGAAAUAUCAAAGAGGAAAUCUGAGUAUUUCAAGAAUGCUUGGAACAUAAUGGAUCUAAUUCUUCUUAUGGUUUCUAUAUUCUAUAUUGCUGUUAAUGUUUAUGUAGAACUAGUAGUUGGAAGCUUACUACAGCCCCUGCUGGCCCAGCCUGAGACCUUUGGUAAUUUUGAUGGUAUUAGCUGGUGGAAUGAGCUGGUUAAUAUUAUAUUUGCUAUAAACGUUUUCUUCUGCUGGCUCAAGAUCUUCAAGUAUAUUACAUUUAACAGGACUAUGGUUCAACUCCAGGAUACCCUGGCUAGAUGUGCCCCGGAUGUGUUGGCUUUCCUGUUUAUGUUCCAAAUCAUUUUCAUGGCUUUUGCCCAGUUUGCGAACCUGAUUUUUGGCACAAAACUGGAAUAUUUUGCAGAUGUUAUGCACUCAGCAAUGACGUUGAUGCGUGCUAUGCUGGGAGAUUUUGAUUUUAUCGCUUUACAAGGAGCUCAUUAUAUUCUUGGACCUGGAUUCUUCUUCUUCUACAUCUUCAUCGUUUUCUUCAUCCUUCUCAACAUGUUCCUCGCCAUCAUCAACGAUACAUACAGCGAGGUCAAGGCAGAGAUGGAGGAGACAAAGGUUCAAUUUGAGAUUUCUGAUUUCUUCAUGAGGGGAUACAAUAACAUAAUUGGAUCUGUUGCUAUGCGUGAUAAGAUGAUUGAUAUUGAGAAUGCUAUAAAGCUUGCAAACUCAGAUGGAGUUGUUACUUAUGAAGAGCUUCGUGCAGAUUUGAAAAGGUGUGAUUUCUCGAGUGCAGAGAUAGAGCUGUUCUUCAGCAGGAUGGAUGCUAACGGAGAUGGUAUUCUUGAUGUCCAGGAGAGCGGGGAUGCUGUGGAGGAGUUGAAUGUGAGUUCUGACGAAGAAGAGGAGGGACCAGAUGGUGUAAGAAAGAAAGAUUUGGCUCAACUUGUAACUAACCGAGAGUUUGAUCUUUUGGAAAGAAAAGUGGAGAAGCUUGAAUACUCAAUUGGAUCUGUAAUAACAAAGAUUGAUUCUGUGCUGGGGCAGUUGGCAAAUAUGGAGAAUAAGAGACAGGCCCAACCUGUAGGCGAGGAUGCUGGAAACGCUAUGUUUCUGCUUGAUACUUCUGAGGAUGGUGAAAUAGCAGAUUAUAUCCCUGGAGAUGGUUCUGAUGGAAACGCAACAUUUGCUUAAACAAAUAUUUUCUUUGGAUUAUUUAAAUAUUUGUAGAGACAGAUAUCAUUAAAAAAAAUCUUUGCUAACAUAGAUUCGAGCAUUAAAUGGCUUUUCUCAAAUAUUUUGAAUAUACAGGGUGUCCCAAGAAACAUGACAGUUGGCUAAUAGUUUAAAAUGUCUUC